GAGAGUGUGAGGGAGUGAGAGAGAGAGAGAGAGGGAGGGAGAAUGGUGUCGGUCAGCGGACAAAGAGAAAAAUAACGUGUGUCUGUUCAGGGAAAGGAGAUCAGGAAAGGUCAGGGAGAGGUGGAGAGCUAGACAGAGAGAGAGUGAUAGAGAGAAAGUGUGAUAGAGAGAGAGAGAGAGUGAUAGAGAUAGAGACAGACACAGACAAGGAGAGUGAUAGUGAGGAGAGAUAGCUAGAAACAAAUAUAUUGAUAGAGAGAAAGUGAUAAAGGGAGAGAGAGAUAUAAUCAAGCAGAUUGAUAGAGACAGAGAGUGAUAGGGAGGGGAGAGUGAUAGAGAGGGAGAGUCACACAAAGUGACGUGAGGGGGACACAGUGUUAGAGAGCGAGCACAUACUGGAGCAAGAAUAUUAAGAGAAUGUGAUAGAGUGAGAUGGUGAUUAAAAAGAGUCACAGAAAGAAAGAAUGAUAGGUGUAGAGAAAGCAAACUGAGAACCAUAUUCACAGUGGCAGAGUCAUUGUGCUAAAAUGGGGCACAGUAUACUUGAGUGAAUAAACCCUGAAAUAGAGUUCAGUGUUCGAAAGAGUCAGUCAGGCAGAAAUAAUGUUAGAGACUUUAUAACAGGCACAAACCACAUCAGAAAAUAUAUGAAAACAUGAGUUGGACUGACAGGGCAUGUUAGGGAGGGCCACAAGCUAAGUAUUAGAGAGGCAUAGACUAUGCAGGAAAAGUGACAGUUGGUUAAAAAAAAAGUGUAAGAUUGUGUGUGAAGGCUACUUAGUAUAUAAAAAUCAAAGACCCAGAGAAUAUACAUGAGUGAGAUGCCAUGUUGGAGAUAUGAACAUGUGGUUUAUGAGUAAGACGAAGAAAAAAAAUUGAAAGAGAAAAAUAGUCUUGAAAAGGGGAGCUCUACUUAUCGAUUCACUAUGACUACACCACUGGUUCAGGCCAAUCAUAUUUUUGGGUUACAAGCCUCUGUUGUUAAUAAUGUUUUGUAUUUUGAUGAUCAAAGCAUAAUUUACCCAGCUGGAAGCAGCUGUGUGCGUUACAAUGUUGACCAGAAAUGGCAGAAAUUCAUUCCAGGUGCUGAAAAAAGCCAAGGGAUGUUGGCUCUUGCAUUUAGCCCCAAUCACCGAUAUCUGGCCGUUUCUGAAAAGGGUGAAAAAGCCACAGUGACUAUAUAUGAUGUACAGCACGAUCAAAGCAGAAAGAAAAAGUCACUAAGUGUCAAUGAUCUUCACGCCCAAGAGUUUGUCAGUAUUGCCUUCUCACCAGACUCCAAAUACCUGAUUGCGCAAUCUGGGAAACCGGAUUGGACACUGAUUUAUUGGCUAUGGAAGAAACAGAAAAUCAUUGGUGUUAUGAAAACUACCACGAACACAAACCCUAUUUAUCAGAUCAGCUUUAACCCUCAAGAUAAUACACAGAUAUGUGUGGUUGGGGAUGGCGUUUUAAAACUCUUGCGAUAUUCUGAUGGAAACCUCAAACAAACAAACUUCCAAAAGUUUGAGCUCCAGAACUUUCUCGCACAUGCAUGGAUGCCAGAGGAUCACAUCAUUGUUGGCACUGACACAGGAAAACUUUACCUGUUUGAGUUAGCUGAAUUACGCUGGGAGUAUUCAAUAGUGCUAGAAAUCAGAAAGUCUCCCUCUAUCAGCCACAUGCCUCCACCUCCACCUCCUCAAGCUAAAGUGACAGCAAUAACAAUUUAUUCCAAAGGGUUUAUUUGCUCUGCUGGACCUGGUGUUGUGUAUAUGUUUGAAAGAGGAGAAGAGAAGGAUACCUUUAAAAAAACAAGGGUAAUUAGGAUUCCACAGGAUCCAUACAGCACAGAUCCAUCCCAUGCAGAACAGCAAGAGAUUUCAACUCUUUGUCUUAGUCCCUCAGAGGAAGCGCUAAUUGCUAGUACAAAUAAGAACCAAUUGUACAGCAUCACAUUAUCUUCUGCUGAAAUAAGUAAGAGUGAGCUGACACAUUUUGAAUUUCUCUGUCAAUCGUUCCACUCCAAUGUCAUCACAGGCUUGGAUAUCUGCAUUCGAAAACCCCUUGUUGCCACCAGUUCGGUAGAUAGAUCAAUACGCUUGUGGAACUAUGAGACGAAUGUUUUGGAGCUUUAUAAAGAGUUUCAGGAAGAAGCUUAUAGUGUUGCUAUUCACCCAUCUGGGUUGUAUAUUCUUGUUGGAUUUUCGGACAAGUUACGACUUAUGAACCUGUUAAUUGAUGAUAUCCGAACUUUCAAAGAAUUCACAAUUCGAAGCUGUCGAGAGUGUUCCUUCAGCAAUGGUGGACACCUGUUUGCAGUUGUGAAUGGAAAUGUCAUUCAUAUUCAUUCCACAACGACAUUUGAAAACCUGGUUAAUCUUAAAGGUCACAAUGGGAAGAUUCGCGCUAUUGUCUGGAAUUCAGAUGAUAGUAAAUUGAUUUCCUGUGGUAUGGAUGGUGCAGUAUAUGAAUGGAAUACACUGACUGGAAAGCGAGAAGGCGAGUGUGUACUGAAGUCCUGCAGUUACACUGACCUUUGUAUCACACCAGAUAGUAAAACCAUAUUUGCAGUGGGGUCUGAUCGAACUUUAAAAGAAAUUACUGAUUCCCAGAUUAUUCGGGAAGUUCCAUCGAAUGAUGUUGCAUAUACCUGUGUGGUUAUGUCACAUUCUGGGCGAAUGUUGUUCCUAGGCGCUGCAAAUGGGACAGUCCGGAGUAUCAAAAUCCCACUACCUGUAAAAUCAGAAUGGAAUGAGUAUCAGGCACAUUCUGGACCAAUCACUAAGAUGGUUGUUACCUUUGAUGACCUAUACCUGUUGACAGUUUCAGAGGAUGCAUGCUUUAUGAUCUGGAAGAUAAUCGAUAAAGAGGGCCGAGUGCUGAAACGUGACAAAGAAGUUGGCCAUGCAGAAGAAAUCCUGAUCACAAAAUCAGAUUUGCAAGAAAAGAAUCAAUUGUCAUUGGAGUUAAAAACUCGUGUCGAGGAACUGAAGAUGGAGAAUGAAUAUCAGCUCAGACUGAAGGACAUGAAUUACAGUGACAAAAUCAAAGAAUUGACUGAGAAAUUUAUUCAGGAAAUGGAAUCUCUGAAAACAAAAAACCAGGUUUUGAAGACUGACAAAGACAAGAUUGAGAUAAUGCAUAAGGAAGAUACAGCACUGAUCCUGGAUAGACAUACAAAAGACAUUGAAGACUUAGAAAGCAUAAACAACCAGAAACUAAUGUUAGAAUAUGAAAAAUACCAGGAGUUGCAGCUUAAAUCCCAGCGAAUGCAGGAAGAUUAUGAAAGACAGCUCAAUGAAAUGGAUGAGAGCAAGAGCCAAGCAUUGGAGGAACUGACUGAAUAUUAUGAGACCAAACUCCAGGAGAAGGGUAAAUUUAUUGAACAGCUGCAGGAAGAGUCCAGGCAACAGAUUAAAGAAUCUGAUGAAACAAAGAAACAGAUAGAAGAGGAUGCUGACCGUGAAAUACAGGACAUUAAAAUCAAAUAUGAACGAAAUCUGAGAGACGAGAAAGAGGCAAAUCUCCGGUUGAAAGGAGAGACAGGAAUUAUGAGAAAAAAGUUUACCAGCUUGCAGAAAGAAAUUGAAGACAAGCAGGGAGAAAUUGAGAAGUUGAAGAGUGAACACCAAAAACUGCAUGGAGUUAUCAGGUCACUGGAGAAAGACAUCCAAGGACUCAAGAAAGAAAUCUUAGAACGUGAUGAAACUAUUCAGGACAAGGAAAAGCGGAUCUAUGAUCUCAAGAAGAAAAAUCAAGAAUUGGAAAAGUUUAAAUUUGUUCUGGAUUACAAAAUUAAAGAGCUUAAGAAACAAAUUGAACCACGAGAAAAUGAUAUAAAAGAAAUGAAAGAGCAAAUACAGCAAAUGGAAACUGAAUUGGAGCUGUUUCAUAAACAUAAUGCCCAGCUGGAACUUAAUAUUGGAGAACUCAAACAGAAACUAAAGGCCACAGAAGCAGAGAUGCGUAAAGAGAUGGAGAAGGUGCGAAGUGUAGAAUCUAUUGUCAAACAUUUUAAGACUGAUUUGUACAACUGUAUAGCAUUUAUUCAGGAACCAAAGAAAUUGAAAGAUAGUGUGCGGCAACUCUAUGAGAAAUAUGUGCCACAGUCAGAAGUGUUUGAAAUUGCGACUGUUGACUCAAACAUUCAGAAGGAAUUUGGACGACAAAGAAACCACUUGGAAAAAAGUAUUGCAACAUUGCAAAAGAAACUGUUGAAGGACACAGAAAUUCACCGUGCUGACAAUGUCCAUAUUAUGCAGGAAAAUGUAGCUCUUAUCAAGGAGAUUAAUGAUCUGCGGCAUGAGUUGAAGGUUGCUCGAAUAAAGGGGCAUGAUCUGGAAGUAGCUCUUGGAACUCUUAAGAAGAAUAAGAAACCAUGUGCUGUUGAAUUUAAAGACAAUUGCUCUCGGAAUGCAGUCACACGUCUUAAUUUUGAUCAUGAGUCGGAACGGAUAAUUGAACUUCAACAACUGGAAAUUAAAAGGCUUCAGGAACAAAAUCAAGCAAAGGAGGAUGCCUACCAGUCUGCUGGAAUAUUACCUGCACUUACUACCUAAUUAACGUUUCAAAUAUGUGAGAACCUAGCACAGAAUGUACAUCCUUCCUUGUGUGCACACUAUGAACUCUCAGCACAAUUUCUAAUUAAUUAUGCUUCAUAUUAAGUUAGUUUACUUUCUCCUUUCAAAAGCUGCUCAUCUGCUGAAUAAUCCAAUCUGUUUGAAAACAUUGAACUCACCAAUAUUUAAAGGGUAUCUUAUUAAACUUAUACAACAUCUGUGUUCCAUUAAAAGAAAGUUUCCCAAUUAGUAGGAUGCUUCACUUACUGUAUUUGUUCAAAUUAGAUUGUUCAUUUAAGCAAAUUAAAUCAGUAAUAUUAAAGUAGUUGGACCUGUGUUUAGAGAGUUUUUAUUCAUUUUUGAUUAGAAGGUGGGGAAGGCUGAUUAUACUACAGACCAUGUGAAAUUGAAGGUGGUGUAACACAGCAAACAAAUGUGAAAGUUUGGAUUGAUAGUUAACAACAAAUUAAAGCAACUGGAUGUUGCAUGUGCUACUCUUUUCUGUGUUAGUGUCUGUACCUGCUCAGCAGUUCCCUCUGGUGGAAUCUUUACACCUUCAAAAUUUGUCUGUAGCUUAUUUUGUGUGGCGACAUUGUGAGCUGGAUUUUCACUGCAAUAUAGGAAACAGUAGGAAAAUCUAUU